UUUUGGUCAACCUCCGCUUGCCACAACAAGCGCGGCCUCGGCUAGUGGUGGUCGCACAAGAGACUACUGCUGUGAAGAGAAGUUGUCGCACUUGCUUUGCGACAGUUUCCAAGUUCGUCCGGAACAAUACCUUUUGAACACAAGCACGCCUGGCAGUUUUACAAGUUUCGCCGGCGUCGAGGACAGCUACGAGGGCGUUCAUCUCAUCUUUCCACCGAACCGGCCAACAGCAGCACCAGAAAUUACAUUAGAGCAACAACAUCCGCAGAGAGGACCACGAAGGGCGAACACAACCUCGCCACGAAGUAGCACAGCUUCGUCUCCCAGGAUGGCGGGCGGGUCGUCAGAAAUGCAAAUCUCUGGUCCCACCACCUCCGCCGGAGCGGAGGCAACGCCGGGUCAAGAACAAGUUGCGAAUCAACCACAACGCCAUGAUCAAGUGGAAAAGGACUCCAUCUGGGUCGACGAAUACGCGAAGGAGGGGGUUUUUCUCUUGCUGUGCCAGGAAAACCGCGUGACAAAGGAGGAGGAUGCGAGGAACAGUUUGGUCAAGAGCAACAGCUUGCAUUCCAUGUUCGGAUCCUGUUCUUACCAGAAUCAAGCCACAACAGCUAGUACUUCUGGGUGCAGUAGUAGUAGUACCAAUGGUGCUGGCUCGUCUUCGUCGUCUUCUUCCAGUUCAAAUGCUGCUGCAGGACCACCACGACAGGGAUUUAGCUCGGCUUCAGGUUCCUCCUCCAGUUCCACUUCUUUAUCUAGCAGAAGUUCGAGUUUUUGCUCGGUCAAGACAAACUUGACCGGCAGCUUUAUUCAUCACGGGAGGACAAGCACUAACACCUCUACUACGUCCAUGGCCCUGAGCACGAUGAAUGCUUGUACCGCGAGCAGCACGAGCUGCGCAAGUGGUUUUUACAACUUACCACAUUUACCAACUCCGCUGUGGAUGCACAUCGCCUCUUUUCUCCAGUUCACGAAACCGAUCGACUCGAUGAUCUACGUUAUCACAUGUAAAAACGUCCCCUUUCGAGAGUCAAGAUGGGAAAUCUGCUAGACAAAUCAACCAGCUCUGGCGGUUUCGCAUGACAAAUUUGGCCUUGUGGUGUGAUCCUGCUCGGCUACUUAAGCAGCAUCAUAGAUCUAGCACAUAAUGCUCACCCGAGCAUCACAAAUUCCAAAACACGACUAGAUGUCGCAUCUCAUGGGUAUCUGCAUGAGGAGCAUUUUAAGCAGGCAGAUUUGCAUGACAAAGACAGCUCUGGGGUGGGGACGUUUUCGCUCAGGAUAUACGUGUGCGGUGGGCGGAAUGUGAAAGAUGGGGCACUGAAAUCGGCAGAGAUGUUCGACAUUUGGCACGGGAAGUGGGUACUUAUGACGCUCUAGUUUUGUUAUACGUAAGAUUGGAGGUACAUUUGCAGAGAGACGAAAAUGAAAGGAUAUAGAAAAUUUCGGCGCUGAUUGAGUAAUCUCCUCGAGCGAAUUCGAAUCUCUGCGCCAACUGUUUCCUUCCGUAGAAGGAGGCGCAGAAAUUCGAUAGUGAUCCUGGGAAAGAAAUCAACAACUUGUGUUGCUUAGAAGCAAGCUUUUGUGUUGAUUCCUUUCCACGGAGCUGAUUACAAUUUCUGCGCCUCUGCUGCGCUGUUGUAGUAGAAGGCGCAGAAAUUCGAGACCGCUCCUGGGAAAGAAAUCAACAACUUGUGUUGCUCAGAAGCAAGCUUUUGUGUUGAUUCCUUUCCACGGAGCUGAUUACAAUUUCUGCGCGUCUGCUGCGCUGUUGUAGUAGAAGGCGCAGAAAUACCGACUCCGCUCCUGGGAAAGAAAUAAACAACUUGUAUUGCUCAGAAGCGACUUUUUGUGUUGAUUCCUUUCCCCGGGGCUGAUUACAAUUUCUGCGCUUCUGCUGCGGUGUUGUCGCAGGAGGCGCAGAAAUUCGAUACCCCUCCUGGGAAAAAAAUCAACAACUUGUGUUGCUCAGAAGCAAGCUUUUGUGUUGAUUCCUUUCCCCGGGGCUGAUUACAAUUUCUGCGCAUCCUGUUGUGGUCCCAUACGACAGGCACAGAAAUAAUCAACACCAACAACAUCAUGAGGAGUCAGUACUUGAUGUCCUGCGGAAAGAACCGCAAAGAAGUUACUUACUUUGCAGGUCUAAUGCGAUGAGUUUCUGAUGCGAAAAAGGAAACGAGGCACGACUACUUCUACGUGUAUUUAAAAACAACCCUCUACUCACAACAGACGUGGCUUCCCGACAUGCACUACCGACGUGCCGGUUGCGCCGCCAGCCGCGUGCCCGCCUACUGGAGCGACAUCAUGACGAUUUCGUCCCAUGCCAAUCGGACUGUUAAUUACACCUCCGGACAACUGCACGAAGAAAACCAUAACAGUCUAAAUCCGUCCCUCCGGCGCACACGCACCACCUCCUCGGGCGACUUAAUCACCACCGAAGAAAUCCUGGUAACCGGCGGCUACGACGAAAGGGGGAUUGUCGAGGGGCUGUUGUCUACCUGCGAAUCCUACAAUCCACUCUCAAACCAGUGGACGCUUCGCGCGAAUUUGCUCCGAAAACGGUGGGGCCACGGAGCGGUGACGGUGACGAACAGCGGGACGGGUGGGGGAGAAAGCAGUUCAUCUUUCUACCACAGUACUACUUCCAACCACAAUUAUUCAGACGUAAGUUGUACCCAAGUUUGUCAUGCGCAAACCCCAAGGACAGGACAAGGACAAUCACACUUAUCUUCCUCCACUCGCAACUUUGUCUACGUGGUCGGCGGCUGCUCUCUAUCAAAAGGAAAAAUCCCCCCUCCCCAUAUCAAAACAAAACUUCUGAUGCUGGAUUCACGUACACAAAUCAGAUUUGUGUUGCAGGGAGGCAUAUCGGCCAGAUCCCCAGGCUAGGUAGGGGCGUUUGAGUCUAGUCGUUCAGCAUUGCAAACGGCUGGCCUUUAGGACCAACAGCAUGACAAAUCGCUUCCAUAAUGGGACGGAAGCUUCUGCCCUUGUCUUCUUGCAAGACAGACGUGAUUUGUGACCUCAAAUCAGCAACGCAAAUUUUCGGAAACAUACCUUUUCAAUAUGGGGAGGGGGAAUUUUUCCUCUCAAUACUCUCUUCACCCCAACGCCCCAGAGGAGGAAAAUUUCAUGGAAACGCUAUCAAAUGCGAAUAUGUCUGGGUCUGGCAGUUUGCCAUGCAUCUUCUCGCGGACCAAAAAACAAAAGUCUUGUACCCAGGGGCAUCACAAAUUUUCAUUCACGAGCCUACUUGGACCUAAUCUGCAUGAGAAGUUUGUCUUUUGCGUGCCAUAGGAUAUACCUUUUGUGUGUCUUUCAUGCAAAAAUUGUAGAGAUUUUUGCACGAUUCAUUCACAUUUAGCAUGACAAGUUUGGAAGAUCCUUCCCGACCCGGACAUAUUUGCAAACCAUAAGUGCUCCGCAGCUGCGAAAUUUACGACCCAAUAGUCGACAAGUGGUACCCGGCGCCGCAGUUGCAAACCGGGCGGGCGGGGGGACGGGUGACCUGUGUCUCCGGGCGGUACAUCAUCGUGGUUGGCGGGUGUGACGACGUCUUCGGCCGGGCGGAAAUGUUGACGACCAUGGAAAUUUUGGACACGGAAAUGAUCUUCCCGACCAUGGAAUCGGUGAAUGGUGGUGGGGGCGGAGGGUCGACAGGGUAUCAACAACACAACAACCUCGGAGCUCCUGCAAGAGCGGGAGGGUUCAACCAACAUUUAGGUGGUGGACAGCAUCCUCACAACAUGAUGAAUGUCCACACUGGGAAUCUAUCCUCUGCAAAAGUAAUAUCGCACUCGUAAUACGACGAAUAUCCAUGCAUGACAAAUCUCGUAGCCUUCUUUCUAGCUGAUAAUAUCAGGAGGCGGGCCACCAUCGGCUGCUGCAAAGUCUACCUGGCCAAGGAGAUAUUUUUCGCAGGACCGUAUUUAGCAUGGCUAUUCUGCGCCACCCCUAUUGUUCGCCCGCACAAGGGAUUGUUCACAAGAGGCGCGCAAGAGGCCCACAAGAGGCGCGCAAGAGGCCCACAAGAGGCCCACAAGAGGCGCACAGGCGGCGCACAGGCGGCGCACAGGCGGCGCACAGGCGGCGCACAGGCGGCGCACAGGCGGCGCACAGGCGGCGCACAGGCGGCGCACAGGAGGCGCACAGGAGGCGCACAGGAGGCGCACAGGAGGCGCACAGGAGGCGCACAGGAGGCGCACAGGAGGCGCACAGGAGGCGCACAGGAGGCGCACAGGAGGCGCACAGGAGGCGCACAGGAGGCGCACAGGAGGCGCACAGGAGGCGCACAGGAGGCGCACAGGAGGCGCACAGGAGGCGCACAGGAGGCGCACAGGAGGCGCACAGGAGGCGCACAGGAGGCGCACAGGAGGCGCACAGGAGGCGCACAGGAGGCGCACAGGAGGCGCACAGGAGGCGCACAGGAGGCGCACAGGAGGCGCACAGGAGGCGCACAGGAGGCGCACAGGAGGCGCACAGGAGGCGCACAGGAGGCGCACAGGAGGCGCACAGGAGGCGCACAGGAGGCGCACAGGAGGCGCACAGGAGGCGCACAGGAGGCGCACAGGAGGCGCACAGGAGGCGCACAGGAGGCGCACAGGAGGCGCACAGGAGGCGCACAGGAGGCGCACAGGAGGCGCACAGGAGGCGCACAGGAGGCGCACAGGAGGCGCACAGGAGGCGCACAGGAGGCGCACAGGAGGCGCACAGGAGGCGCACAGGAGGCGCACAGGAGGCGCACAGGAGGCGCACAGGAGGCGCACAGGAGGCGCACAGGAGGCGCACAGGAGGCGUACUGCUUAGUUGUUGCUUGCUUCUCUUUUUGCGUGUCUGUGCAUGGAGCAGUUCGCGAAUACAUAGAGCAUGACAAAUAUUAAUAUUUCGGUUCCUUCUUCGAAAAAUUUGUGAUGCAGUGUCUACUUAUGUACUUGUGCGAUACUCUUGUUGCAAAAAUGCAUACAAUCCGAUGAACAAUCAAAUCAACUACGGCAACCAGUUGUUAGACUCCAACGUGAACAACCAGCUAACCUGGAGCUAUUUAGACGUCUCUCUCCGCGAGCCCAGAACCACCGCUAUCCCAGAGAAAAAAGCUGCCAGGUCAUACUUACUGCCAGCAUUUGUAAUGCAAAAAUAAAUACACAAAAAAAUCCGAAGCAGCAUGCUAUGGGGCCGCCCAUGACAAGUUUUUGUUUUUCUGUGUAUUUAUUUUUGCAUUACAAAUGCCCUGCCAGCUUUUUUCUCUAGGAUAACCGCCGCGGUGUGCACCGUAGAUGACCGGAUCAUUGUUUUUGGUGGUGCGCUAUCAAGUGCAAAAAUGUGUGGGUCUGGAAGACUGCAACUUGUGAUGCUGCAUUUGGAUGUCUAAAAAGAUUGUGUUGCAUGAGCAGCAAAAGCAUUCUGAUUUUUGCUACGCGGGGAGGGCAUUUGUCAUGCGGAAUAGGUAUCAAGAAUCCCUCGAAAAACCUGUGAUGCUAGGGCAUGCGUCACAGACAUCAUGGGCCAUGCAAACCGUGCAUGACAAGUCUCAGAAUCUUCCAGAUCCAGACAUUUUUGCAUUUGAUAAGCGCCGAGUCUGGCCAGUGUGGAAAUCGUAACCGAGGUGGAAGAAAAGAUCAAGGAGAUAUGAAAUGCGAAAGCACCGUACUAGUAUAAAUCGCAUGACAAAUUUCCUCAGCAUGAGAAAGAAAAUUUGUAAUGCGGAUUUAACUUGAGAACGAAAUUUGUACUGCAUGAAUGCGAUUGGUACGAGUACGAUACUUUUGCACAGGAUAGGAGAUUUGCUGUUGCGACGAUGAUGUGGGUAGUCAUGUCUUCGGCAACAGUGCCAGUGGUUCAUCGGCUAGCAGUGCGGGUUUAUCUUCUGCGGGUAUGGCAGAGACGAGGAUGACGAACGAGGAAGGUAAUGCAAAUGCGCUUGUGAUAGGAGGAAGAUGGAAUGCACACGAUGGAGAUCGGGACCAGGAGCAGCAGCAUGACGCCCAAGAACAGCGGGAAGAUGCUGAAAUAACCCGAAAUUACGGCCGAAACCAGAGGCGCGGCGGCAUCCAGCACCGCGAUAAAAGCGAAGACGCACCAUCGGAUCACAUGCAAGUUGAUUCUGAACUGGAUGACGAACUCGAGAAUGAGGAAAUGUUUUUGCCUCCUGCUAAUUUGCAGGAAAAAGAGCAAAAAGCCAAGCAAAACCGGGCACAGAGCCGCUCCUCGUCCAACACGACUACUACGACCACCCGCUUCUUCCCUCCCCCGUUUCCCUUACCACAACUGGAGGAAAACACAAACACUGCAGCUUCGUCUAGAAGUACCAUGUCUAGACGGGGGAGUAGGGGAGUGGAGAGGAAGCAAAUAGGCAUUGGAGGAAAAAAGGUACCGAAAAUCAACAGCCACGUGAUAUUCAGCACAUCUUCGGACUCCGAUGUGGACAUGGUCACGGCUUCGUCUUUAUCAAAUGUAAAAGUGUCUGGGUCUGGAAGAAUCUAAACUUGUGAUGCUGUCUUUGGAUGCGAAAAAGAUUUGUAUUGCGUGAUCAGUAAGAGGAGUAGACUUUGUGCUCCGCGGGGAUGGCAUUUGUCAUGCGGAAUAGGUAUGAGGAAGCGCUCUAAAAAUCUGUGAUGCUACGGCAUGCAUCACAGACACACAUCAUGGGUCAUGGAAAAUAUGCAUGACAAAUCUAGUAAUCUUCCAGACCCAGACACUUUUACACUUGAUAGUCUUCCGCCGCUUCUAGAAGGGCCGCAAGCGGUAAAAAUUUCGAUCGCGGAGCACAGAAGUCACGAAAAGCCCGGCCGGGCGGUUCUACAAGGGACAGACACGACGCUUCUUCAUCUUCUUCUGCGAGCAGUGCUUCGGCGACUGCUUCGAUGGAUUGUUCCGUUGCGCUCGAGCAAGACCACUAUACUGAUCAACAUCUUCCUGGAACCACUACAAGAAGGGACGAAACAAGUAGUAGCAGCACCUUUGGGACGAGCUCAAGUUCAUCCUCGGCGUGGAUUGCACCACCCGGGGGUUGUUCUUCAACCACAAGCGCCGCUCCUGUUGAUGGAGGUCCCGGCAAAAAAAGCAAGAAUCGCUUGCUUCCUAUCCCCAAAAUCAUAUCCACCAGCGGUAGAACUAGAACGACGAGCAGAACGAACACUAGAGCCUCCCGUUCGUUUCUGUUGCAGAAGGGCACAACGACGAACGCGACUUCCAGUGCUUCUUCCUCCGCCUCCUCGUUAAAUGAUUCCUCGCAAGAAUUCAACAGUUGCAGCAGUAGGAGCCCCAGCUGUUCCAGCAGCAGCUCUUUCUCCUCCGAACCGCCCCCAUCUCCGCUGAGAAACCGGGACGCGCGGGAGCUGCUCUCGCACGACAGCGACAACGAGAGCCCGCUGCAGGAGGUAGACAAAAGGUUGCUGGAGCGGUGGAUUCUGUCGGACACGGGGGGCUACACGUUGCGAGACACGGAUGAUAUGGACGAGGAAAACCGCCAACGCCAGCCGCGUCGUGGGAGGGGAAACGACGCACCUGGGCACCAGCGUGGGGACGGGAUACGCGUGUUUUUGGACCGGCUAGCGGGAACGAAUGAUGGGACAGGAUCGGGAAAUAGAGGAAAUGGAGACCACUCUGGAGGUUCCCAGCAGGAAAGAGAGUGGACUCCGAAGAAAAGUAUUGAGUUUAAUUUGCUGAACAAAGUUGUCUGUGUUGUUGAGGAGCAAGAACAUAGAACAUGCUUGACUUCUCACCUUCUAGACCAAGAGUUUUUCUUUUUUGUCAUUCAGCAUGACAAAGACAAAAAAAGCCUUACAUACAACCAAAAACAGCCAUCCCUGGUCCGAGUCUGCGGCAAGGCCGGAUGGGCUCUCAAGCGGUGAUGAUCGACUUGCCAAAAAGCGGGUUCGAUUUCCCGGUGAAAACGAACCAAGGAAGGCGAGUAGUGCUGGUGGUCGGCGGCGAAGAUGGUACUAUAGGAUUUUGGCAUGACAAUAAACAAUUGAUGGUAUAGGAUUUUGGCUUGACAAAGAACACGUAUGCUUCAUGCCGAUUGCUGCAAGACAGAAUUGUAGGCUUAUUUGUGUUGUGCAUUUGCAAAAUCAAAAUGUUGAAAUUAUCAAAAGGUGAAGCACAACAACCGGACCCGGAAGAUGAUAUGGAUCAUCUGGAUUUGCUGGAGAACUAUGACCGUGAUGUCACACGGCAGUUCCGGACGUUAGAAGCCCUUAACCUUAGCACCUUCGAGUUUUUGACCACCGGGAAAGAAGGGGACGAUGAGGCGAAAUUGGAGAAACUUCUGGAAGAGAUGAACUUAGGGAGUGCAGCGGGCGGUCGUGGAAAGACGAAAGCGUCUGCAUCCUCCUCCUCUUCCUCUUCUAGCAAGACAAAGUCGACAAAGACCUCCGCGCAGGAGCAUGAAGGAAACAACGACCACCGUAGUUCUCAAGUUCUCGGAGCUGGUGGAGCAGGUAUAGCCAUCUCUGAAUCAACAUGGGUGUAUGAUAAUCAGACGGAUAUAAAAUUCGUCGAUCACGGAGGUGCACGAGCUCCUGGCGCGUCAAGUGAAGUAGUACUCAAUAAAGCCAGAAAUUUUUCCGUCGAUGAGAUUUCGACAACUGCGAGCGAGAGAGACCGCGGCGGUGUAGUACCACGACCGCAAGAAGCAGAGACUACCGGAGGUACAAGCAGAAGUUCAAGUUACAACGCGCCCAUGUCGCAUGACAAAUCGAAAUCGUCGCGUUCCUGUCAUCAGGCGGAUAAUCAAAAUCACGCGCAGCUUCCAGGAAGUGGAAGUACUAGUAGUGGUAGUACGGGUGUUCAUGAUCAUCCCGCUGCGGAAAACACCAACAUGCUCCGCCCCGCCGUGUCACAGCAGCAAGAUCAGUUUCAUCCGGUCGCGGAGGUCCUAGAGGACGAUCAUGCAGAUUUAGCAGACUUUUCUGUAGAAGAACAGGAAAUCUUGCUCCGGCUGACGCAAUUGGAGUCGGAAAUCUCUACUUUUCAUCACAAGAGCCAGAACCAGCUACAGCACGGCGAGGAGCAAAUGAUGCAAGACAGGUCGAACUGGUCGGCGAGCAGACACAAAGUGGCGUUAGAGGUGGAAGAGGUGGACAUGGAGGUGGAGAGCAGAAGCAACAUCAGUGUUCUUCCAGGUGAGCUCAAAAGUGCAGGAGAAGGAACAAAGAUCAAAACUACUCGCCAAGCCGCCCCUUCUGCCAGUUCUUGCUCGACGAAGGAGUCCGCAUCGGCGGAGCAGCGGUCGCUUGUAGAAACUACAGAUUUUGUAGUUGAACAGCAGGACGUGGACGAACAACUGGAUGAGCAGCCAACUUUCAUCUCUACUACUCGCGACUUCCACCAGUGUCCGCAGGCGGGAAAAAAUCGUGACGGAAAAAAUGAUCACGAUGUUCUGUCGUCGCAUGAUCUUUUGGUUCCUGGUCCGGAAGCGAACCUGCGGGGGGCUUUGCUUCAGGGUUCUUCGAGCGGAUUUUCCUCUUCCUCGCGGAAGUCUUCUAAAUCGUCUACGGAAGUGGAGGAAUUGCUUCUAGUCGGAUCCUCGACUGCGAAGGAAAAUCCCGACGGUAGGAUUAGUGAAGGAAAGUGGAUAGUGUCCGACUCGGCAGAGAACCCACAGCAUGCUGCAUUUUUCCACACUGUUGAUGGCGACGGUGCUGGUGAUGAAGAUGAAAUGCACGUGGAAAUCGACCACGAGCCUCCAAUCGAUUCGAACUACUCUUUAUCAAAUGCAAAAAUGUCUGGGUCUGGAAGAGUACAAACUCGUGAUGCUACUUUUGGAAUCUACAUAAAAUCUGUAUUGCAUGAACAGCAAAAGAGGUGUAAUUUGUGCUCCGCGGAGAGGGCAUUUCUCAUGCGGUAUGAGCAUCAGAAAGCCGUCGCAAAAUCUCUGAUGCUCGGGCAUGCAUCACAGACCUCAUGGAUGAUGCAAAAUCUGCAUGACAAACUUCUGCUCCAGACCCAGACAUUUUUGCAAUCCAUACUCCUCCUGGAAAUCCUUUCCCUCCCUCGCGGCAGAGGACGAAGACGCGUAUUGGCGGGAUUUAGUGGACACGUACGAAGGUAGUGACAAUACUGACAUGAAGAUGACGAAUAACAGCGACCAUGACAUCAUGAUCAAAAACAACAACUACAUUGGCUCGUCUAGCCUGCCUCACCAAGCUGCUACGUCGACUACUUCCCGGGAUUUUGAUUACCGGACGAACAAGCAAACCACGACACGAGGAAAUGACUUUUUACACGGAUUGGAACAGCAACAAGCUCCGGCUCUUGACCCUGCACCUACGGCAGCAUCCGCUUCGAGUUGGCUUUCUUGGGAAAGAAAAGAUCACGACUCUUGCAGGAGCGCUGGGAGCAAGAAUAAAGCCUUCUGCGAGGAUAAUGUACAACUAGUAGACACCGCGAAAGAAGACGAGCAAGCUUUUCAAGAUGAAAUGAACGGCCGUCGUCGCAAAAAGAACAAGAAAACCAAUUCCUCUUCAUCCUUUUCCAACAGUUCAUCCUCGUCAAGCAGCUCAUCAUCCAACCACGUCAAGCCAGACCGAGAGUUGUGUUCCUCGUCUGAGCAAGCGAGUAUCAAAUGCAAAAGUGUCUGGGUCUGGAAGGAUGGACAUUUUUGUCAUGCUGUUUUUCCAUGACCCGGAAGUUCUGGCAAGCAAGGUCUCACUAGCAUUACAAGUUUUGAGAAGCUGCGUCGAUGCCUAAUCCGCAUGACAAAUCGCCUAUUUUUCGAUGACAAAAGUGGGCAACUCUUGCUGUCUAUGCAUGAGGAAUUUUUGUGUGGUGUAAGAUGCGCAUCACAAGUUCCGUCCUUCCAGACCCAGACAUUUUUGCAGUUGAUAGCGAGGAAGAAACAGCAAGUGCUGGACCGGUUUCUCCUUCCCGUGAUGCUUCAGGAGCGAACCGCAAUGAGCGUCUGCCUCGGCAUGGGUAUGCCCAUUGCGUCGAACAGGCUCCCGAGGGGACGUGGUCGGGAAAUAAAAUCGAAGCAGCAGUGUAGUUCAAACCAGAGAAAUAAUGCCAACGACAGCCUGCAUCGGGCAGAAGGAGCCGAAUAUCAGGAGAGGGAUUUACGGCCGGGUGUUGAAGCGGCAUCAAAAGCUCAUCCCGCAGUAGUUGAGGAGGUCAACGACGAAGUGCAACAGCCGUUCGAGGAUUCCCACAAAGCCUCCCGCGAAAGAGCCGCCGCGAGUGCUGCCGAUAAAGAUACGGAUACCAGCGGAGUCGGGGGAGGAAGUAGGAACAGGGCGGAUACGGACGAGUUGGGGCCGGCGGAAUGGUUUCAACGCUGAGAAGAAAGGCGUUUGGCCAGUGGUGGGAGCGGAAAGACGGGGGAGCUGAUGUAAAGGAAAGAAAUUAUACGGUUGGGAGAGAAAUAAGGAGUGGUGUCUUUGGACGCACCUUCAGCAGUUCAAUAUCUUUUCUCGAGGAAGCUAGUCUGUCCCUAACGGAACGAAACCAGAAAUUGGCCGUGUUGGUCCCUCGCGAUUCUUUCUAUCUAUGGCCACAUAGCAUUUUUGAAACUUCCCACUUUUGAAAUGUCCCAGACAAGAUUCGAUAUUUUUUUCUAGGAAGGACAGGAAUACGAAUAUUGAAUCCCUUCAUAUGUGAAUGAGGCGUAAAGAUGAUCGUUCGAAAAGAAAUUUUUUAAGGAAUGGAUGAAUCCACGACUGUGACAUCGAUGAACGAGCUGGAAAUAGCAACAAGACGAGCUGAGUUUUUCUAUAGAAUCUGAAUCAAUACAUAACAGUCACGACACUGCAAAUACCCUGUCGAUCAUUUGGAAGUACGAUUGUGAAACGCAACAGACGAGGUUUGCUGGCGCGCGCGUGGCUUUUUCCCGCUGUUCGGGAGUUCAGCAACGAUGAGUCGGAGUUUUUUGAUGGGACAAUUCCUACGAGUGAUGCGAGUUGAUUGAUACCCAGAGAAACAGAUGAGUUAUGGGCCUUUUUUUCUUGUUCUUCCUUGUCCGAGCGCUCGUAGGGGCUCAUGGCCAUAGUACAGGUGUGCGAGUUUUCUUUCUUGUUAACGUUAUCACCCACGACGACGACAGAAGUAGUCGUUUUUUGGAGGUGGACGAAGCAGGGCAAGAUGUGGCGUCUUAUUCGAUAAAGCCCGAGGCGUUACAUCCCUGCGCACGCCGUAACCUCGGGCGGCUAUUAUCAAAAUGCAUCGCGCCAAGAGCCCCUCCCCGCAGAAAAAA